AUGGCAGAUCUUCAGAACAUCUCUGGUGGUAAAGCAGAGCUGCAGCCUGAAGCCAUCGCUGAUAUUGGUGUGCUGGCAUCUAAGAAAGAACCUCCAGCAGGCUACUAUAUUGUUGCACAAACAACAGAUGGCUUCGACGCCAACCUGUGGAAGGACAGCAUAUUCAAAUCCAAGGUCACACACUAUCUUUGCUUCACCCAAGCUGCCACCUCCAAAAAUCAUUUAUGCAACGUGGUCGUGGACAUGAAGUUGAUCGACUUGAAGUACUGUUUGCCAGAGGGCUUCACUCCGAUCCAAGACACCACGGAUACCCAGGAGCAGGCUUUGAGGAAGGAGAGACUGUGUGUGAAGUUGGUCCCCAGGCACAGCGCUGAUACGGCUAUAUGUGAUGUGGUUAUACAGGGGAAAUCUAAGCAAAGCCUCACUAAUUAUACAUUUAUAGGUGAGCUGAAAGGUUUGGGGAUUUGGUAUCAGCUGGGAAAAGUCACUAAAUCACAGGAUACAGCACACAAAACCUCCUCUACCUAUACAACUGAUAUUGGUGUUGACAGACAAUUCCCAGAGUCUCCGGCCUCCAGUUCUACUAAAAAGAACAUCGUCAGGCCAGACUACAAACACCAAAUCUACAACUUCUACACCAAAUCAGCUAUGCAUGAUAUACCCUUUAUGAUCUCCAAAAAAAUCUAUAACCACAACCAGAGUAUAGAGUCAGUCCUUUUCUUGAAAAUUACCAUCAAAUCACCACAAGAGAUUGAGGAGGAAUACAACUAUUGUUUCAACACUGAACACAGUGCUGCAGCCUUCACAUGGACUCAGUGA